GAGUUUCGGUUAGACGGAAAGCGUGACACCGCGUGAGAAAGUUGCCAUUGAUGGAAGGCAGAGCGAGACAGAGGAGUGUACGUGCUGCUGUGGGAGUUUUUUGUUAUCAAAACUAACGACAUAUUUCCUCAUUUUUGUGAAAUCUAGUUUGGACUCAAGCUUACAUACAAAUUCGACUUGGAUACGUUUUUUUCUGAUUUAUUUACCGACCCAUUGAAGUGGAAACUCUUCAUUGCAAUUAACUUGUAUUUAUGCUAACCUAAAGCUCGGUGUUUAAGGUAGCAUUCUUGUUUAUUUGUUUGGUCGACGGGUUCUUGUCAAACAAAUACGGGCGCGACUGAGGUUUCAGUCUCGCCUUCUCACCUGCUUCUCGUCGUCCUUCAACUUCAAGCUGGCUCCGGCUAAUGAGCCGUGUUUUUCCGGUUGAUUUACGGACACCGCCGCCGCCGCCACUGCUACUGAAGCGGACGAGGGACAACGACCUGGGACCAGAGCCAGGAGCAGGGAUUCACGUUAAACGGCCCAUGAACGUAGACCGAGCAGCAGCAGAGGAGAGAUUCGGUUUCUGCUCGAAAUUAAGGACAACCGAAAGGCGGAUGGAUUAGUUUCCGCAACCAGGAUCUCCAUACAUCCUUGUUGUGCUUCAUUUGAUCCCUCGUUAGCGGGGUUUCAGGACAAGACACGUUCGCAGUCUCCCCGGAGAUAACAAUGUUUCCCCAGGGAAGACACCCGACACCCCAUCAGGCCCCGGGCCAGCCCUUCAAGUUCACCAUCCCUGAGUCACUUGACCGCAUCAAGGAGGAGUUCCAGUUUCUUCAGGCACAGUACCACAGUCUCAAAUUGGAGUGUGAGAAGCUGGCGAGUGAAAAAACUGAAAUGCAGAGACACUAUGUCAUGUACUACGAGAUGUCGUACGGCCUCAACAUUGAAAUGCACAAACAGACGGAGAUUGCCAAGAGACUAAACACCAUCUGUGCUCAAGUCAUUCCCUUCCUCUCACAGGAGCAUCAGCAGCAGGUCGUUCAAGCUGUGGAGCGAGCCAAACAGGUGACUAUGGCAGAGCUUAAUGCUGUCAUCGGGGUACGUGGACUGCCAGGUCUUCCACCCACACAACAACAUCUAUCCCAUAACCACGGGGGUGCUCCUGUUCCACUAACCCCUCACCCUGCUGGCCUCCAUCCCUCCCAGCUGGGUGGAUCAGCCGGUCUCCUUGCUCUCUCAGGAGCACUUGGUGCUAUUCCUCCCCAUCUGGUGGGAAAAGAUGGAGAUAAAAAGCCUCAUCUGUCUGGACCGGACUCACAUCCUUCAGGGCCCGAACACCUUAGAGAGCGAGAGCCCGGCACAAGUAACUCACUGCUGCCGGAAAGUCUUAGGAACUCAGAUAAGCGCCGCAAUGGUCCAGACUAUCAAAACGACAACAAGAAACGGAAGGUGGAUGACAAGGACUCCAGUCACUAUGAUAGUGAUGGAGAGAAAAGUGACGACAAUUUGGUGGUGGACGUCUCGAACGAGGACCCAGCUUCCCCCCGUGGCACACCUCUUCCCUCUCCAAGAGAGAAUGGGCUGGACAAAGCACGGCUCCUCAAAAAAGACCCUUCCAGUCCAGCCUCCACAGCUUCAUCAGCCAGCUCCUCUUCCCUAAAGUCCAAAGAGAUGGCAAUGCGAGAUAAGGCGGGAACACCAGGACUAAAAUCGAGCACACCCACUCCCAGGGGUGACUCCACACCUGGACCAAGCUCCACACCUGGAAUCCGACCGAGUCUCUCAAAACCUUCAUCGAUGGAUAUACCUCAUCCUCCUACUGCAGGUUUGCGAACUCCCCUGGCUGUCCCAGGCCCGUAUCCUGGUGCCUUUGGUAUGCUGCCCCAUGCCGCAGGCAUGAACGGGGAGCUAGCUGGUGCAGCCGGUGCUGCAGCGUAUGCUGCUGGGCUGCACAACAUGUCACCUCAGAUGAGUGCUGCGGCUGCAGCCGCCGUGGCUGCAUACGGUCGCUCUCCAAUGGUCGGUUUUGACCCUCAUCCUCACAUGCGGGUUCCUGGAAUGCCUCCUAGUCUCACAGGGAUCCCAGGUGGCAAACCGGCUUAUUCCUUUCAUGUGGCGGCCGAUGGUCAAAUGCAGCCCGUCCCGUUCCCCCCAGAUGCUCUGGUGGGACCAGGAAUCCCUCGCCAUGCCCGUCAGAUCAACACACUAAACCACGGAGAGGUUGUGUGCGCUGUGACCAUCAGCAAUCCGACUCGCCACGUUUACACAGGAGGAAAAGGUUGCGUUAAAGUUUGGGACAUCAGUCACCCAGGAAACAAGAGCCCCGUGUCCCAGCUUGAUUGUCUGAACUGGGAUAACUACAUCCGCUCCUGUCGUCUCCUCCCUGAUGGACGAACGCUUAUUGUAGGCGGUGAGGCCAGCACGUUGUCAAUCUGGGAUUUGGCCACGCCCACUCCCAGAAUUAAAGCAGAGUUGACGUCAUCGGCACCAGCCUGCUACGCUUUGGCCAUCAGUCCAGACUCAAAGGUCUGCUUCUCGUGCUGCAGCGAUGGAAACAUCGCAGUCUGGGAUCUACACAACCAGACCCUUGUCAGGCAAUUCCAGGGCCACACAGAUGGUGCCAGCUGUAUUGACAUCUCCAACGACGGCACCAAGUUGUGGACAGGAGGCCUGGACAACACUGUCCGCUCCUGGGACCUGCGGGAAGGACGGCAGCUGCAGCAGCACGACUUUACCUCACAGAUCUUUUCUCUUGGCUACUGUCCGACUGGAGAAUGGCUUGCUGUUGGGAUGGAGAGCAGCAAUGUGGAGGUCCUUCAUGUCACCAAGCCCGAUAAAUAUCAGCUUCACCUACAUGAGAGCUGCGUUCUUUCUCUACAGUUUGCAUACUGUGGCAAAUGGUUUGUAAGCACAGGAAAAGACAACUUAUUGAACGCGUGGAGAACACCCUACGGAGCCAGCAUAUUCCAGUCUAAAGAAUCCUCUUCUGUGUUGAGCUGUGACAUAUCUGUGGAUGACAAAUACAUCGUCACCGGCUCAGGAGACAAGAAGGCCACUGUUUAUGAAGUCAUCUACUGAAAACCUGGGAAAAAUUCAGCAAUACUUUCCAUUUGCUGCAAAUGUUCCCAUGUAACUCAUGGAGCGAGAAAUCACAAGAAGAAAGGAACUUUCCCAGGACCUUUAUUUAUUGUUUUCUGCUGCAGAGACACUGAAAAGGAGGCGAAAUGUAACCUGCAGAUAUUUAUUGUGCCUGUGAAGGUGGCUCCACAUCUGAGGGGAAUUAUUGGAGCGGUUGGUUGUGGGAAAAAGAAAAAAUAUGAAUUCUGGAUCUUCUGCUUCUCAACCAUCUGGAAGUUUAGUGACCAAAGGUGACUGAAUGCAGAUCUUUGGAUCAAUUCAAGACUUUAGUGGCCAACCUGUAAACAUGAGCAAGAUUUUAUAUGAAAUGACCAUGAAGAGAGAGAAGCUGUUUUAUGAAAACUGAGUGCAGAAUACAUUCACUUCAAGAAAUAGUCAAAGCAUGGACUCAAACCACAACUUUUGCUUGGUGUUCUGACAAACUUCUGUCUUAACAGGAUUUUCUUUACUGACUUCUCUAUAGAGAUGACAGGCCUGAAACUUCCCAAAUGUGAUGGUGGAUGCACUGAAAGCUGAUUGCUUGUCUAACUGUAUUCUUUUGUAAGUUGAGAUGCUCGAUUUUCUUUAGUUCCAACUUCAGACAUGGAAAAGUAUUUUGAAGUACAAUAAUUUUGAAGGUUUAUAAUAGUUUCCAUACACACAAGGAUCAAAAUAGUAUUUUAAAUAUUUAGUUACAGUUUAGAAAAAACGUGCUUUUCUUUUAAUCAUGAGUUUUUCAGAGUACAUCUGUGAUUUCAGGCUUUGAUGGAUGUUCAGGGGUUAAUGGCAGCUUUACAUACUGUGAUUUACUUUUUAUUUUUCAUGGCACACCCCUUACACCAAAUCAAAAGGUCUUAACCUCAUCAUCUCAAUGUCACGCAAUGUCUUAUUGUGUCAAUGAAUAUUUCCACUUCCUAAACUGGACCCAAAUACAAAUCUUUAGCAGUUCAUUAGUGCUCGGCCAUUGGAAGAUGAACUUAAAAAUGUCCUUUAGCAGAGACAUAAACUCCUUAAAGCAGAUGACUGUCACGUUAAAGAAUAUUCCAAGAUGAAAUUCUUUUUAAAGUAUUUUAAAGUUGUGCAGGUAAUGUUCUGUCAUGUUUUUCUGUCUGUAUAUAAAAUUGUACAUUUUGUUUUCUUACAAGACAUGAUUUAGAAAUAAACUGUUUUUGUAUGUCUUUUACAUGUAA